CAAGCCCUCUUCAUCAGAUAGCGCACAGCAAAGAAAACCUUAUAAGGCACGUAAACAAAUGAUGGUUUGAAUAUAGCCAGAUGAAAUGGAUACAGUGGCAUUCACAGGCUUGUAACGAGUGUUAAUACCAAAAUGAGUUUACAAUUAAUAUUAAGGUGGAGUCAAGAAAGCUGAACAUUUAAGAAGAAGAACAAAACGAUCGGAUUUAAAUUUUCAUAACAUUGCUCUGCGUGAGGAAAAUUGAAUACAAUAACAUUUUACACCAAUUGUUUAUAACCUGAAAAUUGACAACAUGAAGUGAAAAUUAACAGUUAUCUUGUGUGUAAAAAGCUAAAUAAUCAAAGAAAGCCAUGUCGGACUCAUUUUUCAUAACAUUGAUCUGCUCGUUAUUAGUUAUUGGUCAAUGUCAGUACAUGGAUUCGCCAAAUAUGUCAUGUGGAAUUCCUAAAAAUUCUAGAAAAUCAAGAUGCGGAACGAAUAACGCAUGCUGGUGUUUCUAUUCAUCUAUACUGGCUGUAGAUUGUUCUGGCUCAAAUCUUGAAAAAGUUCCGCAAGGAUUACCAGCAGAGAUUGUCAUAUUCAUUUUGCGGAACAAUUCAAUAAAUACCACUGAAAACAUCUCGUUCGAUCAUUUCACAAAUCUAACUUGCUUAGAUUUGUCAUCGAACAAGAUUGGGACAAUAAAGGAUGGUUCCUUUAACAACAGUCUAUAUCUACGAACACUCCUUUUAAGUGAAAACAAUAUCACGUAUUUUGGCAAAGGCGUGCUUUCAACCAAUAAUUCUUUAGAAACACUGGAUGUUAGAAGGAAUUCAAGGAAAGCUAAAACGAGUUAUCCAUGUAAAAUCCAACAAGAGACACAAAAGGCUACAAAUCUUCAAGGGUUGUUAAUAGAUGGAUCUCCAUGUACCGCGAACCUCAGCUUUUCACACCUUACAUCGCUUAUUCUAGGAGGAGACGAAACAUUGUGUGAUAUAAACACUAUUCGAUCAAGUAUGUUCACUCAGCUACCAAGUCUCCGCAAACUGCAGCUACGCAAUUGUCAAAUCCGAAGGGUCGAGAAUGGUAGUUUCUCUAAUCUGAAAAAUUUACGCUUUCUUGAUUUGUCCUCAAACCCUUAUCUUACGUUUUCAGCGAUGCCAAAUUUCACAUUUGGAUUGAUUCCCACCAACAUAAGUUUUCUGAAUAUCUCAAACUUGCACACAACCUUUGGUAACUGCACCAUAUUAACGGCAUCAGAUUUUGAAUACCUCUCAAAAACAAACAUCGAACAUUUGUAUCUCGAUUCCAAUCGAAUCAGCAACAUGGAAAUAGAGGCAGUUCGGUUUAUUCCUAGGCAUUUGAAGACGUUAUCGGUGGUUGACAACAGAUUAGCUCUAGGACAUUACGUGGUUCAGAUUUUCGUCAAUAUUGUUACUAAAGAACUAUUUUCUGAUUUGGAAACAAUUUGGUUUUCGCAUCGACACAAAGACCAUCGGUUUAGAUAUUUUUAUUUAGUGAACGACGUGUUCCAACGUAAACUGUCCCACAAUGCAAACAUCACAAAAAGGGCGAUGUUAUAUUCGGACCCAAAGCGAUCUUCAAGAACACGAUUUUUGCGCUCGAUUACGGAUAACAAUGCUAGAAAACUGAACAAUGAAUCCUUUAAAGACGACCUAUUGGACGAUUUUACUUCAUCUAUUGAUUUCCACAUCAGGAAUGGUCUAUGCGAUAAUUGUCGAAAUGUUUCAAAUUCAAUCGAAAAGAUACCUCUUCCGGCGGCCGUGCGACAUGUGGAUGCAAAAGAUCUUAAAAUUUAGAUGGGACUUACGGUACAUGUACUAUUCGGCAAAAUACCGUUUCAAGGGCUAUGCUUCAGUCAACCAUGAAUCCGGCGACUACGAGUUUGAUGCAUUUGUGUCCUAUGCCGAGAAAGAUGCCGUCUUUG